AUGUCGAGAACAGAAAAAUUUCCGGAAAAUGUGAAAAAGUUCAUUGUCGGUACCGCGCCGCCCACUAUGGUCUACAUUCCAAAUUGGAUUGAUGAAGAAGAGGAGAACUUAUACAAAACGUGCAUCGAAAAUGCUCCUCAGCCGAAAUGGCGAGUCCUCGCGAAUCGUCGCCUUCAGAAUUACGGUGGUGUCGUCGGCAACAAAGCUCUCAUCUCGUCUGAUGAUUUUCCACUGGAGCUGAAGUAUUUGAUGAAGAAAAUCGAUGGUCUUGCGAUUUUCGAAAACCCCGUCAAUCAUAUUCUGGUUAACGAGUAUUUGCCGGGACAAGGUAUAAUGCCUCAUACCGACGGUCCCGCUUUCUAUCGGAUUGUGACAACAGUAACACUCGGUUCGCAUUGUCUGUUGGAUAUGUAUGAGCCGGUUGAUAAGGAGUUUUUUAUCAACCAAUUCAUGAUUUGUGCAAUUCCAUAA